AGGGUCGGAGGGGAGGGUCGAUGUUUACGUGCGUCCCGUGUCCCGUGUCCCGUGUCCCGUGCGCCUGCCUAGUGCCUACCAGUAUUUACGCUUUAAACAAACAUGGACGACGCGAUUCAGGAGCCGGAGCGGAAAAACUGCACUUUUCUAUUUAAAAGACGCAAAAUCCGCAGUAAUGCCACGAGAAAGCGGAAAGAAGCAGACGGCAGCGAUGAUAGCAGCGAGGAUGAGACUACGGUGAUUAAGAAGGACAAGAAGCAGGAUGAUCACAAUCCCAUGAUACAAAGCACAAACGUGAAAAGGCAUCAGGAGAAGAUCAGUUGCGACGUCGAUGAUAGCAGCGAGGAUGAUAGCAGAGUAACUGUGUUGUAUAAAAGCAACAGAACGGCUCUACCGGCCGGCCCGAGUGACCAAGGAGCGACGGCUAUUCUUGAGACGGAAACGGAGAAAGACAGGGAUGCGCAGGCACUGUUUGAGAAGGCUCAGAAAAUAAACGAGGAAUUAAAGGGGAAGGAUGAUGAUAAGAUUUAUAGGGGCUUGAACAAUUACACGCAGUACUAUAAAAAGAGAGAUACCGCAGCUGGAAAUGCGUCCAGCGGUAUGGUGCGCAAGGGACCAAUUCGAGCACCGUCUAAUCUUAGAGCAACGGUGAGAUGGGACUAUCAACCUGACAUAUGCAAGGAUUACAAAGAGACUGGCUUCUGUGGUUUCGGAGAUAGCUGUAAGUUCUUACACGAUCGGUCGGAUUACAAAUUGGGAUGGCAAUUGGAAAGAGAAGCCGCUACCGGCGAAUAUAACAACAGUGGGGACGAAGAUGAUAAAAAGUACGAGAUUGACAGCGAUGAGGACAACUUGCCGUUUAAAUGUUUUAUUUGCAGAAACAGUUUCACAGAUCCUGUUGUUACCAAAUGCAAGCAUUACUUUUGUGAAAAAUGUGCUUUGGAGCAGUAUAGGAAAAGUACACGAUGUUAUAUCUGCAAUACCCAGACCAACGGCACCUUUAAUCCAGCAAAGGAACUUAUUGCGCGAACUAAAAUGGAAGACAAGGCAGCGACUGCAGCAAGCGAGGACUCCGAUGAAGAUUAAUAAAAUUUUUUACAAACGUACUUCUGUUUCUACAAUCUUGUAACAAAUAAUUGAAAUAAUAUUAUAAUAUGAAGAAUUUUAACGAACUAUGGAUAUUGAUGUAUAGACAGUUUUAAAAAAUCAUCGAUACAAUAUGUUUAUGGAUUUUCUAGGAUUUAUGGUGAGUAAAUGAUCCUACAAUUCUCCGAAUCGUAUUUUUCUGAACGCUCCAUCGAACGGUAGAAACUUUUUUUUAGGCAUCUUAUAUGAAUACUGCAGGUUAAUAAAGAUAUGUACAUAC